AGAAACCAACAGAGAAGCAUAGAACGAAAGACCUCUCUUUCGUCGCGAAAAUGCAGAAACUCUUCUCUUUCAAAUCCCUCUCAAAACCAUCCAAACGCCUCCCAAUCGCUCCAUUUCUCCAUUCCAACCUCGCCCAAAACUCCAUCUCCUUCACUUCGAGAAACUCAAAUCAGCUCAACGUCUCCCCCUUCCUCCAAUCCCAUUCAGUCUCCCACCUCUGCUGCAACUCCUUCCGUUCAUGGCGGACUACAAACGGCUAUUCCCAGCAGCUUUCUGGGAUUUUCAAGAAACCCAUCUUUGCAAACCACAUAAUCUCGAAUACCCAUAUGUCGCUUCCCCGCGGGAGCUUCUUCGAUUGUGGGAUUCGAUUCAUGAGAGAUAGAUUUCAGCGUUCGCAGUUUGAAUUCGGUCGGUCAUUCCAAGUCCAGAGGAAUUACUGGAGGUCAAGGAUACCAACAGGAGAAGUUGUUGUUUGGGGCUUGAUUGCAGCCAAUGUAGCUGUUUUCAUAUUAUGGAGGAUUGCAGAUCCUAUAUUUAUGAUGAAGAACUUCAUGAUUUCUUUAGACAACUUUACAAGCGGGCGUAUUCACACACUGAUCACUUCCGCAUUCAGUCAUGUUGAGGCUUGGCAUCUCUUCUCCAACAUGUUUGGUCUAUACUUAUUUGGUACUAGUAUUAGCCAGCUAUUUGGACCCGGAUUUCUACUGAAGCUCUACCUGGCUGGGGCGAUUGGUGGAUCAGUUUUCUUCUUGGUUCACAAGGCCAUCUCAUCUUCAAAUGUAUUGAGCAGCACAAUGGAUGCAAAGUACGCACGUGGACUGGAUGCAAAGUAUGUACGUGGACUGGGGGCAAGCGGUGCUGUGAACGCGAUUGUACUACUUCAUAUUUUUCUUUUUCCAAAGGCCAUACACUACUUCAAUUUCUUCAUACCGGUUCCAGCGAUAUUGUUGGGAGCAAUUUUCAUUGGAAAAGAUGUAUUGGCUAUGAUGGAGCCAAGCAGUCAUAUCUCAGGAGAAGCUCACUUGGGGGGUGCUGUGGUUGCUGCCCUUGCAUGGGCAAGGAUUAGAAGACGACGGUUUUGAAUCAGCAUCUCCUACCCGUUCUCUUUUCUCCUCCUACUUGAAUGGGCCUGCAGAUGUUUUUUUGGAUGCUGAGAUUGUCAGCAUUCAGUGAAUUGAAGUCAUCUGCAGAUAAAGGAUAUAACAUCUACAGCACAACGUUUGGUGGUUUUUUUUUUUGUUUUUUUUUUUUUGUCCUCUCCAAAUCUCUCUUUCCAUUGAAUCCAUGACACGUGAUGGAACCGAAAAUGGUAGAUCAGGGUAGCAUUUGGUUGUAGCAGGAAUUAGCAGUUGGCAGGACUUUGUGAACCAAGUAGGUGCCAGUGAAUUGUACCGACCUUCCAAUA